CGGGUUUGUAUCAAAGUGAAAAUAUGCGUCUCGAGCUUCCACUGUUGUCAGAGCGUCAAUGGCGGCGGAACUCUGCAGCAAAAUAGGACCGCAUAAGAGGCCACGAGGAUGUCAAUAGAGGCAGAGGGGUUACUGCAGGAGGCGAAGGAGAACAUCGAGGCAGCCCAGAACUACAGGAGCGAGCUACAGCAGAGACUGCAUGGACUCAGCCAGGCACGUAAACAGGUGCGGGGCAGUGCCAGCCAGACACGUGACGCUCUGCAGCGGCACUUUCAGGAGCUGCAGACGACUGUGAGCAGACUGCUGACUGAAAGGCUAAACACUCUGCUGCAGGAGGUUGACAACAUUGAGCAGGAUAGCGUCAGUCCUUUAGAUGACUGUCAGAAGCUCAUUGAGCAUGGAAUCAGCACAGCCGAUGAGCUGCUCAGGGAGGGGGAGGCUGCCAUCCGCUGUGGUAUAAAUGAGAGGGAGGACCAGCUGGGCAUCUUCACUAAGAAAGCUCUCCAGAUUCAGUUGGACAGCCUGCCCGAGGUACCUGUGUUGGUGGAUGUGCCAUGUCUGUCUGCACAACUGGAUGACUCUUUGCUGCAUAUGUUCCGUACACAUGUGGUUCGGCAUGGCAGUGUGGCCUCUCAUCCGCCUGUUCAGAUUGAAGAGCUGGUGGAGAGACCGGGUGGCAUGCUGGUGCGCUGGUGUAAGGUGGAUGAGGAUUUUACCCCUCAGGACUACCGGUUGCAGUACCGUCGGGUUAACUCUUCUCAAUAUGAGGAUGCAUACAUUGGGAAAGACACAGAGUUCCUGGUUCUUAACCUUGAUCCACACAUGGACAGCCUGUUCCGUGUGUGUGCCAGAGGGGAGGGCCGAACUGAAUGGAGCCCAUGGAGCAUCCCGCAGACCGGCUACACCACACUCACACCCCAUGAAUGGCUACCAGGCGUGGAUGGGUACAUUUUAAGCAGUAGAAAGAACAUUGCCAUGCGUAGUGACUCAUCGCCAGGUCAUGGGGGUGUGCUCUAUUCAAACUCUCCCACCUACUUCUGUGGACAGACCCUCACCUUCAAGAUCAUUGCUGCCGGGCAGACAGAUAGGCGUGACAGUUUGGGUGUGUGCGCUGACAGUGGAACUAGCACAAACUCACUGCAGAGGGAUCAGGCUGUCUGUAUAUCCACCAAUGGUGCUGUGUUUGUGAAUGGCAAGGAGAUGACCAAUCAGUUGCCAGCCAUUACUGUUGGUUCUUCUGUAACCUUUGACAUGGAAGUAGUCAACCUCUUUCCUAUGAGCAGCAACAACAACCCUAGUGAUGGGGGAAACUUCAAGUUGAGGGUGACGAUUGGCUCUGGGAACAGAGAAGUGGUGUUUGAUUGGUUACUCGAUCAGGUUAUGGAUAGCCUGUUCUUUGGCUGCUCCUUCACCCACCCUGGAUGGAAAGUGCUGGUGUUUUGAUUCAGUUUAAUUUAAAAAGCAUGAUGAGCAUGAUGAAAUAUCCAGUCUGCUGGAAUGUACUGCUUCCAUGUUUUCAGUUCUGAUUUCAAGACCUCAUUUUAAUCCUGUCAAAUUUCCUUCAAGUUUGGAUAGUGCUUACAGUGUUUCAACACCACAUUUUAAGUAUUUUUGCCUGUUUAGACUGUUAUUGUUUCUAUUAUUUGAAUUAUGAGGACCAUAUAUCACUGCAAAUUUACAUUAAACUUUCUCUGUGGUAUGAGGCCAACCACUACUCUCUCUGGCCUCAUUACAUACUUAACCUGCUUUGCACAUGUGUUGUGAUCUUUGCAUAACAGUACACAUUUGCACCUGAGAUGUUGCUACAUGUUAACAGUCUUAGAAAGUGCUUUGCCUGCAGGUGUUGAGUUGCAAAGCAUGCUUGUCUGGUUUACCACCGAAAAAUAAAUCUACUGUGAAGUGCUCUGAGAUCAAAGCCAUUCAAAAAGACUUAAAAUAUGUGCUUCACAACAAAUGGCAAAAAGUGCACUAUUUCUUAUGCUCAGACAAUCCUUUCUUUCUGUUAGCCAGAUGUGGAGAGUACCUUUAUGAUACACAAGGACUGUUUAAAUAUUAUUAUUGAAUGCUGAUCCAUUUAGGACAUGAUAGUGAUGAUGAUAUGAUGUAGUACUUGCUUCAGUGUUGUAAUUUAGAAAGUACUGAUUUAAAUUUUUCCAUUACAAAAGAGGGUGUGAAUGAUACUGAUCAGUAGACUAAUACAACAUAAGAAAUGUGACAAUUCGCACUAAGCCAAGAUUUUGUGCCAUUUAUAUGGCAAAAUAUAAUUUUUUUUACUCAUGUUUUCAAAACAUGCUUCGUGUCCUCUUACCGUACAAAUGUAUGCUUUCAUUAGCUGGCGUAAACGACAGGUCUGACAAAAAUGAAAUUUCUGUUAUUUGCUCACCCUCAUGUUGUUCCAAACUCAUAUAACCUUUUUUUUUUUUUUUUUUUUUUAACUUGCGUGAAACGCAAAUGUUACACAGCAUGUCAGUCUCUGGCAUCAUUCACAUUCGUUGUAUUUUUCUUCCCACAAAAGUAAAUGUGACUAGCGUACUGUCUAACACUGAAGAAAAAAGUAAAAUUAAGAACGAAAGUCAAAUGUGUUUGGCUCAAUACGAGGGUGGGUAAUGAUGACAGAUUUUUCAUUUUUGUGUAAACUAUUCUUCAAAUCUUCCAAUACAGUAAUGCAAUGUGAAUAAUGUAAAAGCAAUGUCAUGUUUUAUGGGUGAAAUACAAAGACUGUAGAAGAUAUGCACCCAAUACUUGAGUGUUUCUGAGAUGGACGAACAUCAGUUACAAGGUACUAUACAAUUCCUCACUGCUACAUUUGCGCAGUCACACAGACAAGGAUUCACCCAACGUUUUUAUCUUUUAACUAUAUUUAAACAAAACUUGACAGUUUAAAGUAUAUUUACCUCAUUUUGCCUGUGCCUUCGCAGUACAGUUGUUAGAAUACAACCGAACAACGAUUUAAUAAAUUCUUU